UAUGCGUGCGUCAGGGGAGCAGCGUGGUAUCCAUACGCACAGGGCUUGUGCUGAAUAAAAGAAAACAACCAAAUAAUUUAUGCUAGUUGCACCUCAACGCGGGGCACAUAUCUCUUGACCAAAACUGACGAAGAAAAAAUUGUUAACGGAUGGACAGGGUAGUGGAAAUUGUGGAAACGUUCGUGUUUGUUGUUGGGGACUAGAUUCUGUAGAGCGGAAGGCAAAGCGGCCGGGACUCCUUCCUCGCCCUGCUUGUGUGUUGGCUGAAUGGAGGAGGAGAGACUCUUCCUGGUGAAUAAACAGUGACAGCUAUAGGGCAGAUACUUAUACCCAUUUCAUAGCACGGGUAUACACCUUAUACUUUACAUUUAAACAACACAAAAAUGGCUUCUGACAGUAAAGUCAUCGCGCAAUUGAAAUCUGAGCUGUACUUCCUAAUAGCCCGAUUUCUGGAAGCAGGACCCUGUCAAAACGCAGCUGAGGUCCUGAUAAAAGAAGUGGAGGAGAAUGAGCUGUUGCCGAAAAGAAUCGACUGGACGGGGAAAGAGCAUCUCGGGACUUACGAAAAUUUGGUUAAGAUUUACAGGCAUAUAGCUCCAGAUCAUUUGCUGCAAAUAUGCCAAUGCAUCGGGCCCGUGCUGGAGAAGGAGAUUCCACCAAGUGUACCUGGGGUGCACUCUUUACUGGGAGCGGGCCGUCAGUCUCUGCUUCGCACCAACAAAAGCUGCAAGCAUGUUGUUUGGAAGGGAUCUGCUCUUGCAGCUCUGCACUGUGGAAGGCCCCCUGAGCCACCAUUAAACUAUGGAUACCCGGCAAAUAUAGUGGAAACCGCCUAUGGAAGACGGCUGAAUGGGAGUUACAGACUUGGACAACUUGUCCCCACUGCUGUCUAUCAGCAUAUGAAGAUGCACAAACGAAUUCUAGGGCAUCUGUCUUCAGUUUACUGCGUCACAUUCGAUCGAACUGGCAGAAGGAUAUUUACAGGCUCAGAUGAUUGUUUAGUUAAGAUCUGGGCAACUGAUAGUGGCCGGCUGUUAGCCACACUGAGAGGACAUGCGGCUGAGAUCUCUGACAUGGCUGUGAAUUAUGAGAACACAAUGAUUGCUGUAGGCAGCUGUGAUAAAAUGAUAAGAGUGUGGUGUCUUCAAACCUGUGCCCCCCUCGCUGUUCUAGAAGGCCAUGAGGCGUCUAUCACUUCACUGCAGUUUUCUCCACUGUGCAGCGGAUCCAAGAGGUAUCUAUCUUCCACCGGAGCAGACGGCUCCAUUUGUUUCUGGCAGUGGGAUGCCAGGACAUUAAAAUUUAGUCAGCGAAAAAGUAAAUUUACAGAAAGGCCAAGACCCGGAGUCCAAAUGAUCUGUUCUUCCUUCAGUGCUGGUGGAAUGUUCUUGGCUACAGGAAGCACGGAUCAAAUAAUUAGAGUGUAUUUCUUUGGCUCGGGACAGCCUGAGAAAAUAUCUGAAUUGGAAUCUCAUACUGAUAAAGUGGACAGCAUACAGUUCUCUAACACUGGUGAGAGGUUCGUCAGUGGGAGCCGAGAUGGAACUGCACGCAUCUGGCAGCUCCACCAACAGGCGUGGAGAAGCAUUUUGUUAGACAUGACUACCAAGUUGUCUGGGAACAAUCCUCCAGGGUUGGAAGAUAAAGUAACUAAAGUGAAAGUUACGAUGGUGGCUUGGGAUCGACAUGACAACACUGUAAUUACAGCAGUGAAUAACCUUACACUGAAGGUUUGGAACUCCUAUACUGGGCAGCUGAUACAUGUCCUAAUGGGACACGAAGAUGAGGUUUUUGUACUUGAACCUCAUCCAUUUGAUCCCAGGGUGCUCUUUUCUGCAGGGCAUGACGGGAAUGCCAUAGUGUGGGAUCUGGCAAGAGGUGUCAAAAUUCGGUCCUACUUCAACAUGAUUGAAGGCCAGGGCCACGGUGCGGUGUUUGACUGUAAAUGCUCACCGGAUGGACAACACUUUGCAUGUACUGACUCCCAUGGGCACCUCCUCAUCUUCGGCUUUGGCUCCAGCAGCAGAUACGACAAGAUUGCAGACCAAAUGUUCUUCCACACUGACUACCGGCCACUAAUCCGUGAUGCCAACAACUAUGUGUUGGAUGAGCAAACCCAGCAGGCUCCACAUUUAAUGCCUCCUCCGUUUUUGGUGGAUGUGGAUGGCAACCCUCACCCUUCUAGAUACCAGAGACUGGUUCCAGGACGGGAGAACUGCAGGGACGAGCAGCUCAUUCCCCAGAUGGGUGUCACUUCCUCUGGGCUAAAUCAAGUUCUUAGUCAGCAGGCAAACGACGGAUCAAGUCCCCUAGACACCAUGAUUCAGCGGUUACAGCAAGAGCACGAUCAAAGGAGCAGCGGUUUGAACAGAGGAAGCAGAGGUUCUGUGAGCUCUUCCUCAGAGGUGCACUCACCACCCAACGUGGGGCUGAGGCGCAGUGGUCAGAUUGAAGGGGUACGACAGAUGCACAGCAAUGCACCAAGGAGUGAAAUUGCCACUGAGAGAGACCUUGUAGCCUGGAGUCGAAGAGUACUGGUACCAGAGCUACCUCCAGGCAUAUCCAGUAAGCAGGAACAAUUGAGAACUGCCAAGGGAGAAGAGGAGAUAAGCAUUUACAAAUUAGAGAAGAAAAAGAGGACAAUGCCAAGUCAUAUUCAGAGGGAAGCUAAGAACCACGGACUUGAAUCAGUGAGUGACGGCGUGGAGACGAGGAGAACGCAGGUAAACCAGCACAACUACCACACGAGAGCAGCGGUGGAGGAGACUAGCAGGCAGGGCGACACAGCCGAGGAAGAGAACAGCUCCUCAGAGGAGGGUGAAGUUCGUCCGGCAAGUGGUGAAACCUCAGACGAGGAGGGGAAGGCCUGGCCAAGUGACAGCAGCAGCUCCAGUGACUACACAAGUGAUUAUUCUGAUUGGACAGCAGACGCUGGCAUCAACCUGCAACCACCAAAGAAAACUGUUCGACACAAAAAGAAAAAUGCAAGCAGUUCAGAGGAGGAUGGGGAGAAGAAAAAGGAAAAAGAGAACAAAAAGGAGAGGAAGAAAGAAAAACGAGACAAAGAUGGUGCGUUACCAAAGAAAAAGAAGCCAAAGGAAAGAAGAAUGAAGAGACUUCCAGCGGAAGAGUUCCAUGAUCAAGGUCUGACUCUGGAGGAAUGGCUGCCUUCGCCGUGGAUCACAGACACUGUCCCACGGAGAUGCCCUUUCAUACCACAGAUGGGAGAUGAGGUGUACUAUUUCCGUCAGGGUCAUGAAGCAUAUGUGGAAAUGGCCAAGAAGAACAACAUUUUUAGUAUAAACCCUAAAAAGCAGCCCUGGCACAAGAUGGAGUUAAGGGAGCAAGAGUUGAUGAAGAUUGUUGGGAUCAAAUAUGAAGUGGGACUGCCCACCCUAUGCUGCCUCAAACUGGCUUUCCUUGACCCUGAUACUGGUAAACUGACAGGAGGAUCCUUCUCCAUGAAGUACCAUGAUAUGCCAGAUGUUAUUGAUUUCCUAAUUCUUAGGCAACAGUUUGAAGACACAAGGACAAUACAGUGGCGCAUAGGUGAUCGCUUCCGUUCUGUGAUUGAUGACGCCUGGUGGUUUGGAACAAUCGAAAGCCAGGAGCCAUUUCAAGCUCAGUAUCCUGAUAGCUCAUUCCAGUGUUACAAUGUCUGCUGGGAUAAUGGUGACACAGAGAAGAUGAGUCCGUGGGAUAUGGAAAUCAUUCCUAAUGAUGCGGUUUUUCCAGAUGAGCUGGGGCUAAGUGUCCCUCUUACAGAGGACGAGCAUCGGCAGCUGCUUUACAUACCUUUAGAGGGAGAAUGGGGCCCCCGGACCAGGGACGAGGAGUGCGAGAGAAUCAUUGCCGGAAUCAACCAGCUAAUGACACUGGAUAUUGCUGCACCAUUUGUAGCACCUGUGGAUCUUCAAGCAUAUCCUACAUAUUGCACUGUAGUGGCAUAUCUCACUGACCUAGGCACAAUACAAGAGAGGCUAGAGAACAGGUUUUACAGGCGUUUGUCUUCACUGAUGUGGGAAGUUCGAUACAUAGAGCACAACGCGCAAACCUUUAACGAACCUGGAACUCCUAUCGUAAAAACUGCCAAAUUUGUUUCCGACCUAAUGCUGCAGUUCAUAAAAGACCACAGCUGCACAGAUAUCAUUCCACUCUACAGUAGCAUGAAGAAGAAAACCUUCUCAGACUCUGAAGAGGAUGAAGAUGAGGAUACAGAUGCUCCAAGUACUUCAACUAGGAAAAAGAAGGAGCACAAACCCAUAAGGAAGCUACGUAAUAAUGCCCAGGCUUAUGAUAACCAGGCGUGGAAAACUCAGUGCAAAGAGCUGCUGGAUUUGAUAUUUCAGUGUGAAGACUCUGAGCCUUUCCGGCAGCCUGUUGACCUACAGGAGUAUCCGGAUUACAGGGACAUCGUUGACACUCCAAUGGAUUUCAGUACGGUGCGAGAGACUCUUCAGGCUGGAAACUAUGAGUCACCGACAGAGCUGUGCAAGGAUGUGAGGCUUAUAUUUAGCAAUUCCAAGGCUUACACACCAAGCAAGAAGUCAAGGAUUUACAGCAUGAGUCUGCGGCUGUCAGCUCUGUUUGAAGAACAUGUCACUGUUAUUCUGUCUUGCUAUAAGUCUGCUCAUCGAUUCCAUGCAACAAAUAAGCUAACCAGACAGAGGAAGAAAAGGCGAAGAAGUGCCUCCCCUUCCAGUAGUGCAGCUUCCAGCCCUGAAAGGAAGCGACGUGCCGUGAAGUCCCAGAUGAAGCCAGAGCCUUCUGCCUCAUCUCCUUCCCUGGGUGCCUCUCGCUCCCCAUCACUCCGCCAGGCUGCCGCUCAGUUGAACGGGAAGGCUGUGGAAUCUGCAGCUGUGGUUCGGACAAGAAGCACCAGGCGGUUUGGAAACCUUUCUGUUACUCCAGCUACAUCAUCUGGAGCAAAAUUAUCUACUUCAAAAAACAAUACCUCCCACACUGCACUCGGAAAGCAAGUGACAGAUAGUCCUAACAAACAUCUCAAGGCCCAGAACACUGUAUCGUCUCCUUGCCUCUCAAGUGAUACUGAAAACACAAGGAGUUCCUCCACUGCAGAAAGUGCUGGAGAGCAAAGGAAGGUGAAACAGAAACUGAAGGCAUCAUUAAGCCAGCAGCAGGUGAAUUCCCAAGAUAACACGAGGGCACAGAAAAACUUACAGCUGAAUGGACACGAUGGACACAGUUCAAAUUACGUGGAAAGAAGAGGUAGAAAACCAAAGGCAAUGACCCUCGCAAAGGCAGUAUCCGUUAUAAUGCCAGAAACUGAUGUGAAGCGUCCUGGCAAAAAAAGGGGACGUAAAAGCAAAAAAGAAUUGGAAGCCAUGAGAGCAAACAAGCUACAAAAUAGAGCUACAACAACAGAGGAAGAGGAAAGGGACCAGUCAACAAGUGAUGAGGCAGGCACCUCUUCUGCUGCGGCAGACACUGUCUCUGAGCAAGGUCCUAUAAUACAGAAGUCCCGCCGAGGCAGAAAACCCAGAAGCAUGAAGAAGCCACCAGAAAUGCCUUCAGCACCCACUACAGUGAGCCCAAAGAUGCAAACAAGAAGCAGUGGGAGGAUUGAAGGACCCGUGGAGCAAAUGGAGGAGGAUAAUGCGAGGACCGAAGAGGAGGUUGAGGGGGUUCAGGAAGAGGGCAACGACAAAAGCUCUAAAUUCCCCAUGAGAACCAGAAAUCAGGGUCGAAGGACAGCUUUCUACAAUGAAGAUGACUCUGAGGAAGAGCAGAGGCAGCUGUUGUUUGAAGAUUCGUCUUUAACCUUUGGGACUUCCAGUAAGGGGCGAGUUCGGAAAUUGACUGAAAAGGCAAAGGCAAAUUUAAUUGGCUGGUAAACCACAACUUAAAACUAAAGAAUAAACUAACAGAAAGACUUGGUAACUUUUGCUCUGUGAUAUCCAGGUAAAAGCUACGGCACUUGAGGACACUGCAAUUAUUGCUGCUAAUUUUGUAUAUUCAUUGGUUAACCUACCUAUUUUGGGACCAAAAAUGGGCCCUUUGCCCAAACUUUGAUAUACAAUAUUUUCCCCUUUUUAAUUAAUUAAUACAGUUUUGAACGUGGUAAUACUAAAUACCCAGAGUAUAAAAGUAUGUUUUAUAAUUAACUGCCAACAAGCUUUUAGAUACAAGCAGACCUGUUUAAAAUUAUGAAAUGUUGGUUAACAGUAAAUUACACGUGAAAAGCUUUUCUGUUAUCUGUUUGAAAACAGCACAGCUCCUUCUUGGGUUUAAUAACCUUUACUUGGAUCAAUAUACAUUUUAUAAGCUAAGGACCACGUACCAAUGGAAGAGUCAUUCCAAAAGUGUUCCCUUACCUUUUCAGAAAGUUUAGGAGUUCAGUUGUAUGCUCAUGUUGAAUAAGAAUGUGUAUCCAUUUCCCUGUACACCAUUUAUAGAAUACAGAAUGUAUGUGAUCUACUGAAAGUCUGUCUUUGCAGCAGAAUACCAAUCAAAGGCAGUCAUUCACCGGGCCUUGUCAGUUAUGUGCACUGAGUUUUAAGACUUUAGUUUAAAAUAUUUGUAAUCAAUCAUAUACAGAAUCGUGUUUAGUAUGUGCUCUUAGGUGAAGCUGUAGACGUGGCUCCCAAAAGUAAUACAUUUUUAGUUUAUGCUAUUGUUUUUUUCCAUUGAGGAAUUGCAGAUAACCACCAUUACAAGGGAGUGCCACACAGGUUGUAUGUACGUACCUUGCAUGUUGCCACAUUUCCAGAUUGAUGCUUUUCUUAUGUUUCAGCUGAUGGCUGAAUGGACUUGGUGUGUGAUCAACAUACAUAUAUGAUAUAAACAAGGAGGAGCUGUUUUUCAAAGAUAUAGGAAAAAAGGCAAGAUGCAAGAAAAAAAUAUCCCUGCUUUCAAAACUUUUGCUGACCCAAUUAAAGGACUGUAAAAAAAAAAAAAAAAGAAGUAAAUGUGAUAAACAUAGAUAGCACAAUGUUCAAGUACUUCAAUCUUAAGUUCUAUUCUUUUUGUGAAAAAGCCAGCUGACUUGAACAUCAUAUGCCACAACAACUGCAGUUCUAAGGAUACACGAUUCCAGGGAUGAAGAACAUUUUAUGCCAAGCUGCAGCUCCUGACUUCUGCUAAAUCUAUGGACUAGAUCUUAUAUCAGUGUUGAAACUGUUCAACUGUAAAUGUAAAACAGGAACUUUGAAUGGCCACAGGCAGGCAGACAAGCACUUGGGUGAAGUCCUGCAGCAAACAUCCUCUUUCAAGAUCCUAGAGAGAAGAUAGCAUCAUCUUUGGCUUGCCUGCAAUAACUGACAUACACCAAGACAUUUACAACUUACAUUGGAGGAGUUUAUGAAAAAUGUGUGGAUUUUACUGUAAAAAGAAUUGCAUUGAUGCUACCCUAAUCACUGGCAGAAAAUUAAUAUCUCACAUUGGUGAAUACAAGUAAACUUAAAAAAAAAAAAAAA